UUGAACAUAAAAUAGUUUAUAAUAAAUAUGAAGGCCUCACUACAUCCAUUCUUUGAGGAAGAAGUCCAAGAGGAAAGCAGAAUAGUUGAGGAAGAAUUAGCAAAGCAUCACUUUGCUAAUUCUUUCGGAGAUAUUUCAAACAAUCCAGAGGGGAAUCGUAUCUCUAACAUGGAUAAUUAUAAGAUCCAGUUAAGUCUUUUUAUGACUCACCAUAUCUUCACCAAUUACUGCAAACAAAAGCAGUUUUUGAAACUCUUCAAUCUAAAAUCCAUAAAUUUUAAUUGCAUAAAGAGGAAAAAUAAGCAUGUUCUGAAUAUGUUAUCCUUCUCAUUUCCUCAAGAAGUUAUGAGGUUAAGGCUUCAUUCAGACUUGAACCUCGUUCCAAGGCUAACUCCUUAUUUUAACGAAAUCAUGAGAAACAGUUCAAGAGUGGUAAGAAGCUUAUGUAUCUCUGAAUUCAGGAUUAAUGCUCGCCAAUUCAAAAGAAUUGUGGUCGGUUACUCCCAUGUCACAAAAAUAGAACUCUCUUCUUGUAAAAUCUCAGUCCCUGCAGUUGUUCACUUAGGUGGGAUUCUGAGAGAUUGAAAAAUUGAGACCAUAAAUCUGAAGUAUUCUGAGAGAGAAGAAUACUCAAAUUGGAUUAAUGAUACUGGUGAGUUGGAAAGAUUGGUUCAAUCAUUAGCCACUUCUGAUGGUAUGAAGCUGAGUCUUCGAAAAUUGGAGGUCUCUCUUUCUUUGAUUUCAAAAUCUAAUGUCAGCGAGAUUCUGAAUGAAAACGGAUUCAGUCAUGUCAAAUUAUCGGGUUUAACAUUUUUAUAAGCUUCUUUGCUUUAAAUUUUAUCUUCAAUUU